AUGGCGGCUGCAGCGCACGAAGUAGUUGACCUUUGCGAUUCUGAGGAUGAGCCUGAAAUGGAGCGGUGGAUGGCGGAAGUGCAGGAUGUUUGUCCAAGCAUUCCUUCCGAAGCAAUUUACGAACUGCUGCUGGAGACGCGUGAUCCUGUCAAAACGGUACACAAGCUCUUGGACCGAGGACAGCAAGGAGCAAUCCCAGAUGUACAGCGCAGCGGGCGCAGCGGACAGGUAUUCCCAACAACUUCGGAGCGGCGUUGGGGACCCUUGCGCCCUCCAUCCUCUCGAGAUAUGAAAAUUCGCCGCCUAGCAGGCUCUCCUUUGCAGCCAAAAAUGGAACACCUUGUCGUCCUAGACUUUGAGUGGACCGCGGACAACCGGAGACCGGUCAUGCCCAUCAGCGAGAUCACACAGUUUCCUUCGGUGCUGGUGCGCUUGGACGGUCACAAGAGUUGCAUUGUGGACGAGUUUAAUACGUAUGUCAGGCCAACUCUGAACAAAACCUUGCCGCAGUUUUCGAUCCAACUCACUGGAAUCACACAGGAGAUGGUUGAUAGAUCGCCAUCAUUGGAGGAGGCUCUCCCUCAAUAUUUACGGUGGUUGAAGUCUCAUGGACUACUUGGGAAUGAAGGUCAACGAAUGGGAUCUUGGGCUUUCUGCACCUGGUCUGAUGCAGACAUUGCUGCGCAGCUGGUGCGCGAAUUUCACUUCAAGAAGAUAGACAUUCCUUCCUGCUUUGAUCAGUGGGUGGAUCUGAAAAUUUUAUACAAGCGUCACUAUCGGAAGGAACCCAAAGGAGGCCUGCAGGCCUGCGUGGAACGUCUGGGCUUGACAUUUGAGGGCAGAGCACACGACGGCCUCAUCGAUUCCAGAAACACCGCAGCCAUUGUUCUGCACAUGGCAAGAGGAUCGAUGCUCUUUGGAUCCUUCACAUUCCGCCGUCCAACUCGUGGCCUUGACAAGAACGGAUAUGCCUUUGGCAGCAAGCAGAGUCGGGCCAUGAAGCGAAAAUCACCGGAAUCUCUGGGAAAGGAACAAGAUGAAUCCAAGGAAUCUAAGCGCAGCUGA